ACGAGUGCAACCUCUGUCCAGAUAAGAUCUUUGAAGAUGGCGCUCUUCAUGAAAUUCGUAAACGAACCGAUGUGGAAAAUUACCUGUAUUUUAUUAAUUAUUGUUGUCUGUCAGCCAAUUUUAUCAGAAACUUACACAUUACCAUUUAAAGUGCAUGACAUGUAUCCGGACGACAAAGUGACCUGCGAUUGCGCAUAUGAACGACAUUUUGAGAUAUAUUGUUACCCUGGAAAACCGAAGCACGUUCUCCACACCUUCGAAACAGUGACGUUGAAAAUAAAUGUGGAUCCUAGUAAUUAUGAUGUCUAUUUGGGACACACGCCAGAAGAAGUUGCAGAGCAGCUGGAAUUGCAGCAGUCCUCGUGGAGCUUCAAUCUGCUUUCUUCUAAGUCUAAUAUACACCAUCUUGAUCCUUUCAACCGCACAUGUGUUGGUGUGUACAAUAUGAAGCGGGGAAAAUAUACUGUGGAGCUCCUCCAUCUGCGUGUUGACUAUUGGAGAGUGUUGUUGAUUGCUGUUGCUAUGCUGACCUUCAUGUCUGCUCCUCAGCUAAGCGAAAAUUCAUUGUUUUAUUACAUUUGUGGAAUAUCACUUGGAAUAACAGCCAGCUUUCUUAUCUUAACCUACUUCAUCAGCAGACUAUUUCCUAAGAGACCUUUAAUGUAUGGUUUUUUAAUUGGUGGAUCGACUGUAGCAUUGUACAUCGUUCAGACCAUUUGGGGAAAUCUCCAGCUUAUUCUGCAGCAGUACCAGAAGUAUGUGUUGUUGUAUAUUGGAUGUACUGGACUGAUCAGCUUCAUCGUGUGCUACAGGUUAGGGCCAGUGACUGACCCACGCAGCAAAAAUCUCAUCAAAUGGGCUUUGCAGGGCAUGGGACUCUGGUUGAUUUACUCAAGCACCUGUUAUCAGGAAGCUGCUGUUGCUUUAAUGCUGACUGUUAUAAUGUGUUACAACUUCCCAAGUGUUUGGAUAUCAAAACUUCAAGCUGCAUGGAAACGAAGAUUCCCACCAAAGUUAAAAUUAUUAUCAGAGGAGGAAUACUAUGAACAGGGUGUUCGUGAAACAAAGAAAGCUCUUGAGGAACUCAGAGGAUACUGCUCCAGUCCAGAGUGUGAUACAUGGAAGACAGUUCUCAAACUGAAAAAUCCAGUGAGAUUUGCAGAAUUCAUGAAAGGAGACUCACAUUUAAGUGAUGAUGAAAUGGUUCAGUAUGAAGUAGAAUCCAGACAUUCUACUGCCGACUAUGACUACUCUGAUGAAGAGGAAGAAGACUGACAUCUGCUCUAAAGGGCAGCAAAUAUGUAUUGGUUACUAAUGUAAUUACUCAGGAGAAAUUGAUGACUGUGCCAAAAAACUGAAUAAUUAUUUUUAUUGUUGGCAAUGGACAUUGUACCAUUGUAGUAAUUAUAAUCUCUAUGAGAUGUGUGUUUUUAGAACAUCAGAUUUUGAAUAUUGAUUAGUGUAUUUAUGAUUCAGAAUGAUUUUAAUAAAAUUUAUAUGAUAAAAUA